UCAAAAUUAAAGGUUCAGAAGACAAACCAAAUUUCUUUUGUUUUUUCAAGAAAAACACCAUGAAGAACCUUUUGUGCUCAGUUGCUGUCUGCCUUUCUGUCCUCUUUGUUCUUGCUCAGACCAAUGAAGCAGCAAUUCCCUGUGGCACUGUGGACAUGAAGGCUGCCGCCUGCAUCUCCUUUGCCACAGGGAAGGAUGCAAUUCCGUCGGCGCCGUGUUGCAAUGGGCUGCAAAAGUUGGCACAAAGUGUGAAGUCUGUGGAUGAUAAGAAGGCUAUCUGCAGAUGCCUUAAGGCUGGUGUCAUGAACUUUGCUGGGGUACAAGACAAGUUCCUUAGCCAACUCCCUACUGCUUGUAAAAUCAAAGUUGGCUUCCCUGUCUCCAUGAUCACCAACUGUGAAACGAUUCGCUUCUAAGCCAAGCAUGCCAUGCAUGAAGAACUUGUGGGAAAGGUAGAAGGUAGUUAGUGUGUUGAUGAAUAAAACAUGAGGCGAUGGAGG